CGAUUUUCACCGUUUUCCAUUUACCAGUCAAGGUUGAUCACUCGGCAGGAGCGGAACAAGGAACCGCUUGAAACCGCGACCGUCUGCCAACCGUGGCCGGAUAGCGGACGACGGUUUUUGGACGACCCGUAGUACGCGUAGCUUUUCCACGCUUUUCCACACCUCGUGAAUUCCGCUAACACGUGUGCCACGUAAGGAAGCAAAAAAAAAGAAAAAGGAAAGGAAACCCCCGGACGGAACAAGAGAGCUUGUUGUUUUGGUGGUGCGUUUGCGACGAAGAAGAAGGAGAAGCAAAAAAAAUGGCAAAGAAAUGUGUGUGUGUGUCCCGCCAUCACAGCCAAACCGGGCCAGCGCGUGUGUUUAUGUGCGUGACCGGCCAUUAGCAAAAAUCUUCCCCGUCGUCGGUCUGUGACACGCGGAAAUGCCGUGCGUGUGUGUGUUUAAUACGCGUGUUGUUUGUUGCCGCAGCAGCGGCCCGUUGACCCCGUCACGAUUUUUCCCACGGCACAGUGUGCCCGCUCUGGUGUCAGUGGUCCGAAGAUGGGUGUUGCGAAGAAAAAGCAAAAACUCCCCCAUCCCUAAUGCGGUACGGGAAAAUUGCACCGCACCGAAAACCUGAACGGGUAAUACGUGUGUGUGUCUGUGAGUGUGUGUGUGGCCACUAGAGGCGCGCGUCUGUGUAUCUGUGUUUCUGUUCGGUGUGAGCGGGUGUGCAUCGGUUGGUUGUUUUUUUAUUGUUUUGCUGGCGUAUAACACGGGGCGUGAGUGUUUUUGCGUGCGCAAAAGAUAAAGCCAGAAGAUGGAGAAGGAAAGCCGGGCAGAAAAACCCCGAAAGGCAAAACAGCUGGAACGGAAAUCGCUUUCCGCGUUGUGGCAAUAGUGGCGUUUGUGUAAUUUUGCGCUGUGCUUUAAGUGAUUGAGUGAGUGGAAAAAAGAAGAAAAACCCGACAGCCAACACUGCAACUUCGACGAGGAAAGUGGAAGCAGGAAAUAGCUACGCGUACUACGCGUCGUCACUAGCGUCGUCCGAUGUUCCGAGCCGUUGGUUGGGGUCCGUUGGUUCGUUGGUUCGCUCCUGCCGUGGUCAUCUUGUUGGUAAAAUUUGGGGAAUCGUUCCCCCAAACGCCCGUGCUUUCUUUUGGGAUGAAACUCCCAAAAAACGGCUCCGGAGUGCUCCGGAACUCCUCCGGAUGGCAAGAUAGUUACAAAACAAACCAAACAAAAGGAUACGUUUAGUUCGGUUUUUGCGUUGUGCGUUGUAGUGAAGCGGUUUUCCGUAGUUCGUUCGGUUCAGUUUGUCACGUCGUUCUGUUCUGUUGGUGCAUCACUCCUUGGGCGGACGGUUGAAUGACUUAGGCCAUCGACUGGGCAAAAUAAUCAAUUUUCCGUACCCUAUCGCAAAGGUAGCGUCCAGAAGCUUUGAGACCAGCAAACUAUGAACGAAAUCAUCAUUCUGAGCGAGGGCUACUCGUGGUACGAGAUGGAAAAUCCGGCUCCCGACGCACCGAUGCUGGCCAACUGCACCUGCACCCUGAUCAAAGGCCCCGAUUGCAACGUUCUCGUCGAUACGAUGACACCUUGGGAUGGCGAUCUGCUUUUGCAGCGACUGCAGGAGCAUCAGCUGCAUCCGGACGACAUCGACUACGUCGUGAGCACACAUGGACAUUCCGACCAUCUGGGGAAUAAUAACCUUUUCCUGCGGGCGAAGCGGCACAUCGUUGGCACUAAUAUUUCCCACCGGAAUCGUUACUACGUCCAUGAUUUCGACGCCGCCCCAUUUCCACUAACAGAUGACAUCGAAAUUCAAGCCACACCGGGUCACACAAUGUCCUGCGUGUCGGUGCUGGUAGCACGGAACAAUCUCUCCACCCCGGGUGGACUGCCGGUAGCGAUAGUGGGCGAUCUGUUCGAACGCCAGCAGGACAUCGAUGACGAUCGGCUGUGGCUUGAUGCGGGCAGUGAGGACCCCAUCGCUCAACGGCUCCAUCGGGCGCGUAUUGCCAGCCUGGCCGACUGGAUCGUACCGGGACACGGCGGGCUGUUCCGCGUGGACACGGCUAUGCGCGACAAGUUAAAACAUCAGGCAGAGACAGCAUCCAGCGACACCCCGGUGGACAGUGUUAUGUAAUGGAUUGGUGGAAACUAACGAGGGAGGGGGCGGUAAAUUGAUUGGAGGAGACAAGCAAAAAAAGAAGAAAUUCGAUCCAAUUAAGCAUGUUCUCGAUAAUUGGAAUCGAAUGGAAACAAACUGGACGGGUGUGAUGAACCGUUUUCUGCUUGUACGUUCACAAUAUUAUACAAAUUAUCGUUGAACACUCGUUUGAUUUUUGAGCUGGAAUUUAUACUGCACGCGCAUUUAAAAAAAAACUAACGCCGCUAGCAAAUUUGUUCCAUUCGUUUUGGUUCCGUGUUGAAAGCGAGAGAUACAAUUUUAAUAUUGCAAUAUUAAAAAGAAACGAGAAACACGCUAUGGAAAACGCAGCAUAAUAUUAAUAUAAGUGAACUAUUACAUAUGAUUACUAUCCGUGUAUCUGGAACAAACAAGCAAACAAACAAACCAAGAUUGCUAUUCAUUGUGCAUUAAAAACGUAUCGAUUGUUCGUUCAUAGUGUUGUUCAUGUUUAAUGGCAAAGCAAAACAAAAAAAAACCAAGCAAAGCUAAGCAAAACAAACACACGUAUAUUAAUUCUCCCAUAUUAAAUGGAUUAAUACCGAUGAGUGAUGUGUUGAAAGAAAAAUAUUUAAACAAACAAAAUGGCAAAAUGUUACUCUCAUUGUUAGUGCAGCGUUGAUUGUUGUUUGUAUCAGAAGCAAAUGGUUUUUUCGUCCUACUUUUAUUUUUCCUGUGCCACAAUCGUUAUGCAGAAUGUUGUGGUUUGAACGUAGCAGCAUGUUAGCCCCGUUACAGUAAUGCGUCGUUAAUCAUUGUUUGAUGGACACAACUGGAAAGCGUUGGAAGGCGUUUAGUCCCGUGAAGUUGAUAUGGUGGUUUGAUCGAGAGGUUGAACCGCCUGCAGAAAAGAUCGCUUUUUAACCGCUUAUUUCCGUAUCCUGUACCGGGUUUGUUUGCAAACACCGGAGAUUGACAAACACUCCCGAGCACGCGUUCCCGAGUGCUGUCCUGAAAGGCUUGACUGCCUGGACUACUGCUGGAUGCAGAUAAAAAGAAAAACCUUAAACAUCCUUACCAAAUGUUCUUAACGGAACGGACGGCACGAUCUGAUGCUGAAUGUUUGAGAGACGCAAGCUUUAUGAAACAAAAACUUACAUAAGUACAUGCUUUAUCGGUAGAUGGCAGAGAGAGGGAGGGAGUGGAAAGAAGAAGGAGAAUUUCAAAUUUCGAAAGAAAUAUUGGAAAGGAUGGGAAAGUUUUGACGCAAAAGUGGUAGGAUACAUACACAAUUUACAUAAUACACGAUAUUAAAAUAAGCAGUUUAUUGAUCAUACAUGUAAACGUUAGUGGACUUAGAGUUUCAAACAAGUUUCUUAAAAAUACAAGCGAACAGAAGCAGGAAGAGGAAAACACAAAACCGCCACCACACAUUCACAGUAAGUACGCAUACGCAAGACAGCAGUACACACAAGUUGUUUAAUCCGUCAUUGAAAGCGGAGACAAGUACACGGAACACAAGGAAAACACAGACACAAACAAAACAAACGGGAAACCAAUGGUACCAAUUUUGAAAUGGUUGUGCAAAGUAAACAAAACAAGAUGAAAACUACCCCAUCCCGGUAGGGGAUCCGCUACAACACACAGUCACUCGCUCGACAUCUCAAUCUGGUGCGACGGUAGAAGAAGAGCAAAAGAUGAUAACACUUACAGCAGGCAACAACAGUAGCAAAAAGCAAACCUAUAUAAAUACCUUCACACGUUUGAAAUCUAUGGGCUUACGACAGGGAUUGGUGGUGGUGGUGGGCCGGCCUUCAGCCGCCAUCCUUCUGCUUAAACAAGGGAACAGAAGGAGCGUGCAAAGCACCGGUCACGAACCACACAACACACCUGAAUGCCUUCUUUACUGAAUGCUUCUACCGAUUUGCCAACUUUUUGAGACAAUGCACACACACCCACUGAUACACGUACACACAGACAAAACAAAGGAGGGGGGGGGGGAAUCCCCCCCCACACAAACACAGAAGAAAGAAAGACAUUGCAACACAUUUACAGAAUAUAUACAGCAAGCGAAGAGAAGAAAACAAAAAAGAACCCACUAAAAUGCAUAACUCUACGUAUAAUGGAUGUUUAGUUCUUAAAGAAAAAAAAACAACACACACACUAGCACACAUAAAACAUACAAGCAAAUUACAUGCAAACAAGAACAGAAAAAAACACACACAAGUAAUAAUAAUCGAAUAAGAGUUAUAUUAUUAAACAAAAGCAAAUAAUCAUCUCAUGAAUCAUCCAAACUCAUCAAACUACUUUAGAGAGAGAGAGAGAAGAAAAAAAGAAACGAAACUGGCAAACAACUAGACGUUUAAGUGCAAAACCCCCUUUUCUAGGCGUAUAAGGUCAACACGUGUUGGGUUGCGGCGUUGCGGCUCGCAGAACCACACCAACAUCGCAAAACAUCCGGUUCCGAAGGGCGAGCCGGGCGCGCACCACCCAUUCUACACCACUUGGAUCCGAAAACUUCUAGUCGAUAAGAAAGGUAAAACCCCUGGCAAACAAAGCAAACUAGGAAGAGUAAUGAUUAAGCGCAUUAAGAUUAGUAGAAAAACGAGUAAACGUUACGAGAUAAUAUAGGAGUAAGUGAGGGCAAAGGAGUAAGCAGUAGAAAGUGUUAUAGAAACGAUAAGAACGAUUUUCUCCACAGCAAACUUGCCCCAAAAGAAAAGAAAAAAACGAUGGUUUGGGUGAGCUGUUUGGAGAAAAGCCUGGCAAACACGAUUUUCUACUAAAAGAAUAUUUAUUCGUAUGACAUAUAUAUACAUACACGUACACAUAUAUACAAGCAAAACUAUAUAUAUAUAUAUGGAUAUACAAAACAAAAACAAAAAGCGUAGCCCUUUAGUAGAGAUGCGAUAGAGAGCUAUUAAGAAAAACUCAAGCAUAAUAUGCGAUAACACAGACACAGACACGGACACAAAAAAAAACACAUGAGAAGAACAAAAGAGAGAGAGAGGAAAACAAAAGAACUUAAAACAAGUUUAAUUGUUUCCUCUAAACACAAUGUAAGCAAAACAGAAACACACACUCACACAUACACGUAUAAUUAAAUGUAAAACUGAUUUAAUGAUGAUGAUGAUGAUGUUCUAACAAAACUGUAGGCAGCGUAGCUACGCUUGUCCUUAGACUCUGACCAGUAAGAUGGAAUGGCGAAAGAAGAAGGGUACAGCCAUUGUAUGGUAAAUUCCGCUUUAGGAUUGAACUUAAAGAAGCAGAUGAAGACAGGCAGGUACAUGUAGGUCACACAUGUAAGCACAUGGCACAGAAGUGGUGGUGGUACACAUAAAAAACAAUAAGUCGACGACCGUUAGCAUUGAAUGGUGCAGGAAGGAGCUGGUGGGUACGUACCCACGCUACUAUAAGCGUGCUCCGGAGCUUUGAUGUUUGAUGUGUGACAGUAGUGACGGUGAGGAAGAAGAUACUUAAACAAAAAGCUAAUCAAUAAAAUCCCAUAUUCACGCCCUAGCUGGCGAUAGUGUUUGUAGGUGUUUGUUGUAUGGAAGAAAUGGAAAAAAAGGAAGUCAGAGAAAAAAAAAACCACUGUAGAACUUAAGCAAACAAACUAUUUCCCAAAAACAAGCAAACAAAAAAAAACCACACAUCUAAAUAUAACUAAACGUAGUGUAUUAUUAUGAUUCUAUUAGUUGUCAUGCGUAUGUAUGUGUUAGAAUUGGGGUAAGAUGAAUAAAAAACAAACAUACAAAAGACAUUGGAUAAUAAUGUUGAACGGGGUGGGAAUAAAAAUGGAGGCAAAAAACCAAAAGUGAAAGAAUGCAAAAUUCAACACAAAAAACCUAUAAAUAUAUACACAGAUAUAUAAAAAAUAAAUACACAACUAUAUAUAUAUACAUACAUGCAUUAUACAUAUAAAUGAAAGACAGUUACAGUGGGGAGCGUAGUGCAUAGAAAGCAAGAAAGCAAAAUUUGUUUGCAAGAACAAGCAGUAAAAGAGAGAAAAAUUUAAGAAAAACCAAACAUAUUAAAAGGUACAUUUAAAAAGCAAAGCAAAAAACACACAAAACACACACACACAGUAUAUCUUGCAAAAAUAAUAGAAUGAGCAGCUCUACACACAUAUACAUACACGUAUAAGAAAACCCAAAAGAUGUCGUAGCGGACGUAAAUUGAUGAUGGCGUGGCAGUAAGUAAAUUGACACAUACACACAUACACUUAUUUAAGCUUGUACUUGUUAAACGCUCGAGAAAGCGCAGCCACGCACACUUGAACAAACAUACACAUACAAAAACACACACACUUCCCCUCACUCCCCAUCCCCACACCACAUGUGUGCGUGUGCUGGACAGCUCUCAGAAACACUCACACACACACAUUCAGAAACAAAUAUACAUACAAUGUAGAAAAACGCAUCGUUGGCAGUGCUUGCGGAAGAAAAUGGGCGCCACAAUUUAGCUAUUACACAUUUAACCUACUUUGAGACGAUGGGCAAUUGGGAUAGAGAGAAAAGUAAAAAAAAAAUACAAAAAAAUGGUAAGAGAAAAGCGUUAUGUUUGAGGCAAGAAAAAAACACAACACACACACACAUUGUUAAGUAUGUAUUUCGCCAACGCAUGUAACACAGCUAUGAGCAACAAGAUAAAAAAAAUGGGAAAAAGAAAAACAAGUAAUGUGCGUCAGGAGCGAGGACAUAAAUCACACCACACUUAAGGAAAGAGCUAAACUUUGGUGUCAAAAACCGAACCAGAGCCCGGAGCAGAAGUAAGGAACGGUGUGAAGAGCUGGUAGACAGAUGCAAGUACCGGACGCUUCGCCGUAGAAGCUGCAGACCGAUCAAGCAAGCGAAUGAGAACUGUAUGACGCAACUGCACAAUAAAGCUGUGCCGAUAAAUGUCGCGUGAUAUGGUGUGGACAGUGAUGUGAAGUGUGAUGAGAGAAGGAAACACGCGAGCAGGUGAUAAAAACAACAUCCAUCAAGUGAAGAUGAAGGACUGGCGCUAGCAUAAUGUUUGCGCGUUAUGUGAAAACGUUGGUUUUGGAGUGGAGGUGUAGGAGAAGGAAAAAAGAACAGAUACAUACAGCUUACAAAUAACAACCCCUAAUGACAACAGCACUCGAUGCGAGGCGAGAAAGAUGAUGUAAUGGUUUUUUUUUUGCAAAAAGAAUGGAACAAUGUGCAACGCGUAGACCAAAGCAUUAAAAAGGAAAAAUCAAUCCCAAUAGAAAUGAAAUACAAACAUAAAACACACGCAAAGAAAUAAAACAAACAAAAAUGGGAUGAAAAACCCGAAACAAAAAUGCACAAACAGUGAAACCACCAUACAGGAGCAUAUAAUACAGGAAUAUACAUUGCUACACAGAUGAAAGAAAAAAACGAACAAAACAAAAAAACGUCAGAGAAGCACAGCAAACAAAAAAUGGAAAGGAAAACACAAGCUGCAAAAAAUAGUUCACAUAUGCACACACACGCACACACAUACACUGAUAUGGCUUUAUGGCUACAUGAAAGGCAGGAAAAUGAUUAAUUGAAAAUCAACAUCGCAUCCUCGCCAUGCAACAUAAAAGCAACAACAGUCACACAGUAAUCAACAAUAUUUUCUGGCAAAAGUGCUUAAUAGGAAAAGCGAAUGGUGAAGAAUGCGAAGAGUAUUGGAGAAAGAGAAAAAAAGAACAGAAAAUGAUGUAAUAACAGGAAAAGAUAAGUAAAAUGGAGAGGAACGGAAGAGCAGCAAAAGAUGAGAAGAAGCAACAUCCUGUUAAGAAUAGCAAAAAAUAGAAGAAGAAAGAUCAUGGAAAGGAAAACCCAGGUAAAAAGAACACAAGCAACAUCAUGUAAAGAAACAACAGAGAAAAACGAAAGAGCAACAUGAAACGAAAAGCAAAUACUAGAAAAGGUAACAACAAAAAAAGCAGAACAAAAGAAAACAAUGUGAAUGUGAGAGGUAAAAAAUGAGAAGGCAAAAGUAAAUCCGGAAUCUGGCUAAAUGCAAUCAUGGCCAACCCAUCCUGUUUCCGGACACACUUGUAACGAGGACAAAAGAAGCAAAGAAAAAACAAAGAAACAACACAACACAACCAAAAGACACAA